AUGGCCACAGCUUUUUCUACACCGGCACCUCUCUUGAGGCACAUUCAGGAUCUCAAUCAUCAGGUAUGGAUCCUUCAGGACCAGACCCUGACAGCAGUCCCAAGGAAGCAUAACAUGGUUCCAGCCACUGUUGCCUUAAUUCCAUGCCAACAUCUGAAUACUCUUGACGCAGACAAAGGAACACCCAUGUACCUGGGAUUAGAGACACCAAAUCUCUCUCUUUUCUGUGCAAACACCUGGGAGCAGCCCAUGCUGCAGCUUGAGGAAAAGAGCAUCAUGGCGCUCUAUCACCACCCUGAGCCCUUGAAGCCCUUUCUCUUCUAUCACAAUGAGAGUGGCAGAACCUCCACCUUCGAAUCUGUGGCAUUCCCUGGCUGGUUCAUUGCUGUCUGCUCCUCAGGAGGCUGCCCACUCUUUCUGACCCAAGAACUGGGGAAAGCCUACACCACAGACUUUGAGUUAACUCUACUGCACUAAGAUGUGUUGCUCUGUGGUGUUGUAUCGACGUCUUUUGGAUCCUGACAAGCAGCAGCAGAUACAGGUUUCAUGAAAAUGAAGAGAACAGAAAGAACACUGAGUCCCUCCAGGCUUUGACGUAUCCCUCAAUGAACUUACACAGAUGUUCAAAAAGGUCAUAGAAAACGCAAAUAGUAUAACUGGAUUUAAAAAAAUAUGUUUUUGAGUCAGAUAGAUUUCUCUUUUAGCUUCAUUAUCCAUGAAUUAUAUGAUGUCAGUCCCCUCGUAUGUUCUGUUGAUGCUUUGGCUGCAGAGCUAUGGACGUGUGUGAAGUGGUCACCUACAGCACCGUCACAGGGCAAUGCUCAGAGUCGGCUCUCUGAAGUACAAACAAUGCCAGCUCAGUUUCUCAGGGGUGAAUGGCUUGGCACUCUUAAAGAUCACAGUCAGUGUUAAAGGCCUUUUCCAGCUCGUGAAGCAGGUUCUCAGGAAGUCUCUCAUUUUCUAAAAGAACCGGAAAGAUCAAUGGGGCCAGUGGGACCUUCCUAAACCCCAGGCUCCCCAGAGACAAAGAGGGCCUCCAGAAUAGGAACCACGCAGUUUAAUUGGGGGCCCAGUUCAAGAGCACAGCCAACCAGACCACCUCGCCACCUCACCCGGGGAAGGUGUUCUGAGACAUUUGAGGGUUUUUUCCCUGUGAGCUCCCACAUUGUGCACUGACAAGGCUUCCACAUGGAAAGCACAGUUCUUCUCAAGGCUUAUUUUUAAAUGU